AUGCGCUCCAUUAAGGAUUACGAGCCAAACCUGCUACCAGAGCCCCUGUCCAAGGUCACCUCGAUGCUGACAGCAGAGCCCGUCCAAGGUCACAUCUCUGCUACCAGCAGGGGAGCCCUGUCCAAGGUCACAUCCUGCUGCACAGCAGAGCCCCUGUCCAAGCACCAGGCACCAGGGUCAGCGGUCACCCCCUCUAGCGACCAGGGUCAGCUGUACCCCUCUAGCACCAGGUCAGCGUACCCCCUCUACACCAGGGUCAGCUGUACCCCCUCUAGCACCAGGACGCAGUUACCCCCUCUAGCACCAGGGUCAGCUGUACCCCCUCUAGACCAGCACCAGGGUCAGCGUACCCCCUCUAGCACCCAGGUUCAGCUGUACCCCUCUAGCACCAGGGUCAGCUGUACCCCCUCUAGCACGGCCGUCAGGACCCCCUCUAGACAGGGUCAGCACCAGGGUCAGGUACCCAACCUCUACACCAGGUCCGCAGUUACCCCCUCUAGCACAGGGUCAGCGUACCACUCUAGCCCGUCAGCACCCCCUCGCACCAGGGUCACUGUACCCCCUCUAGCAACCAGGAGUCAGCGUACCCCCUCUAGCACAGGGUCACUGGACCCCUCUAUACCAGGCACCAGGGUCACGUACCCCCUCUACCACAAGAGUCAGCUGUACCCCUCUAGCACCAGAGGUCAGCGUACCCUCUCUGCACCAGGGCCAGUGUACCCCCUCUACAGGUCAGUGUACCCUCUAGCCGGGUCAGUUACCCCCUCUAGCACCAGGUACCAGGGUCAGCUGACCUCCUCUAGCACCAGGGUCACAUGUACCCCUCUAGACCAGCACCAGGGUCAGCUGUACCCCGCUCUAGCACCGGAGUCAGCUGACCCCUCUAGUCACCUAGGGUCAGCUACCCCCUCUAGCACCAGG